AUGUCGAUUACAUAUGAUCAACCUAUUGUUGAUGUUGCACACUACGUUUUUCACUACCAGAUCAAUGAGACGGAUGAAGAGGUUUGGACAAGAGCACGCCUAGCGUUCCUAGAUACCAUAGGGUGUGCGAUUGAGACCGUAGCUACAAAUCCUGAGUGCCAGAGGCUCCUCCAUGCCGGUGCCAUAAACACUGCUGUUCAAGAUGGGAUUCGAGUUCCAGGAACUGAUUUACAAGUGAAUUUGCUGGACGGCGUAUUCAGUUUUGGAGUUCUACUACGCUAUCUGGAUCAUAACGAUGCCUUGGGAGGAGCAGAGUGGGGACAUCCUUCAGAUAAUCUCGGUGCAAUUUUGCCCGUUAUGGACUGGUUGUCGCGCAUCAAGGCAACAAACCAAACAGACAGUACCGGACCCCCGCUAACGAUGCGAACUUUGCUGAUUGCAUUGAUCAAGGCAUACGAAAUACAGGGGUGUUAUCAAAUGUGCAAUGCCUUCAAUGCCUACGGCAUCGACCAUGUGAUACUAGUUAAACUAGCUUCCGCCGCUGUGGUAUGUUGGUUGCUUGGACUCACGGAAGAACAAACAAAGGCAUGUAUUUCUCAUGUCUGGAUAGACGGACAAUCGAUUCGUGUUUACAGGGCGCAGAACAAUACAGUCCCUCGGAAAGGGUGGGCAGCGGGUGACGCUGCCAGGCGAGCUGUUCAGCUUGCUUUAUAUGUUCGAUCUGGCCAGCCCGGGAUGCCAGGAGCCUUGUCCUCGAAGCCAUGGGGAUUCUGGGCCUGCACAUUCGGCGAUAAACAAUUUGAGUUCCCUCGCCCCUUUGGAACAUGGACCAUCCGGAACGUGAUGUUCAAAAUAAUGCCGGUGGAAGGACAUGGAGUAUCGGCAGUGGAAGCAGCACUCCUUCAGCUCCAUCGCUUUAAGGACAGGGGAUUCUCGAAUCCCAUGAAAGAUGUGGCACAGAUGGACUUACGCACCACCGCAGCAGCAAAUCUAAUAAUCAACAAAAGCGGACCACUGUGGAAUCCAGCUGAUCGUGAUCACUGCGUCCAAUAUGUGAUUGCUGUAGCAUUCCUGACAGGAAGACCGCCGAACGCUGCAGAUUAUUCAGAUGAAAGCCUUUGGGCUAGGAGCAAGGAGGUAGAAGAUUUCCGUAGGAGGAUCAUGGUACGGCCGGACCCUCGUCUGACGCAUGAUUAUUUAAGCCUGGAAAAGCGAAGCUUCGGUGCAGGAUUGACAGUUUAUCUCCAAGACGGAUCUAUACUCUCAGAAAUCUUAGUUGAGUACCCCAUUGGGCAUGUGCGCAAUUUGAGAACAGAAAACUUUCUGCAAGAGAAGUUUUCCCGGAAUAUGGCAUACCGGUUCUCUGAGACAGAAAGAGAUCGGAUUGUGGACGCCGUUCAAGAUCUUGAUUUGCCAGUCGUGGAUCUCGUUGAUUUGCUGACCCGUCCUGUAGUCAAGUCAAAUUUGUAA